ACAGGGAAUGGAAAGCCGGAAGGGGCAAGACGAGUUCAGUUCGCCAUGGGGCUGUUUGGAAAAACCCAGGAGAAGGCUCCCAAAGAGCUGGUCAAUGAAUGGUCACUGAAGAUAAGAAAAGAAAUGAGAGUUGUUGACAGACAAAUUAGAGAUAUCCAGAGAGAAGAAGAGAAAGUAAAACGGUCUGUGAAAGACGCUGCCAAGAAGGGCCAGAAGGACGUGUGUGUGGUGCUGGCCAAGGAGAUGGUCAGGUCGAGGAAGGCCGUGAGCAAGCUGUAUGCAUCCAAAGCACACAUGAACUCCGUGCUAAUGGGGAUGAAGAACCAGCUUGCGGUCCUGCGAGUGGCCAGGUCCCUGCAGAAGAGCACAGAUGUGAUGAAGGCCAUGCAGAGUCUUGUGAAGAUCCCAGAAAUCCAGGCCCCCAUGAGUGAGCUGUCCAAAGAGAUGAUGAAGACUGGGAUCACAGAAGAGAUGUUAGAGGACACUUUCGAAAGCAUGGAUGAUCAAGAAGAAAUGGAAGAAGAAGCUGAGACAGAAAUUGAAUUUUCUGUCCUUCAAAGAGGACAGAAAAUCCUCUUUGAAAUUACAGCAGGAGCCUUAGGCAAAGCACCCAGUAAAGUGACCGAUGUCCUUCCUGAGCCUGAACCUUUAGGAGCCAUGGCUGCCUCUGAGGAUGAAGAGGAGGAAGAGGCCCUGGAGGCCAUGCAGUCCCGGCUGGCCACACUCCACAGCUAGGGCCUGCUCUUUCCACAGCCUGCCCGCCGGCACCUG